AUGACGCACCAAACAUAUCGCAAAUCUGGUGUUAGGAACUUCAGCUCUUCUUCUUCUCAUAUACCAAGGAAUGUGAGUGGAUACAGCACAACCUCCUACCGGAGAGGUCCAAGUUUUGGCAGCAGGAGCCUUGCCAAUAUAGGUUCUGGUUCAAGCAGAAUCUCAGUUGGAAGUUUUCAUCCUGCAAGGAGUUCAUAUGGGUAUGGAGGACCUGGAUCUGGAUUUGGUGCCAGUGGUGGCAGUUCAAGCUUCAGCUAUAGGGUUGGUGGUGGAUUUGGUGCUGGUGGUGGAUAUGGUGCAGGUGCUGGAUUUGGUGCUGGUGGUGGAUAUGGUACAGGUGCUGGAUUUGGUGCUGGUGGAGGACUUGGUGGUGGGUUUGCUGGUGGCUAUGGAGGUGGAUUUGCCCCAGCUUGCAUCACAGCAGUUACCGUUAAUCAAAAUCUGCUAACACCUCUGAACUUGGAGAUUGAUCCAAAUAUCCAGAGAGUAAGAAAAGAAGAAAAAGACCAAAUUAAAACCCUCAACAACAGAUUUGCUUCAUUCAUUGACAAGGUCCGAUUUCUGGAGCAACAAAAUAAAAUGCUGGAGACCAAAUGGACAUUAUUACAGGAACAAAAGGCUGUGAGAAGCCACAUUGAACCUCUAUUUGAAACUUACAUGAACAAUCUCAGGAGGCAAUAUGAAUCACUUGGUGGGGACAAAAUUAGGUUGGAGGCUGAGCUCAAAAACAUGCAAGAUAUGGUAGGGGAUUACAAAGCCAAAUAUGAAGAUGAAAUCAACAAGCGCACCGCUGCGGAAAAUGAGUUUGUGGUUUUGAAAAAAGACGUAGAUGCUGCCUUUAUGAAUAAAAUAGAACUGGAAGCGAAGGUGUCAGGACUGACAGAUGAAAUCAACUUCUUGCGAGAACUCUUCCAAGUGGAGAUAGAUCAGCUCCAUGCACAGAUCUCCGACACCUCGGUCAUUGUGUCCAUGGAUAACAGCCGAGACCUGGACAUGGACAGUAUAAUCGCUGAGGUCAAAGCUCAGUAUGAGGACAUUGCUAAGAAGAGCAGAGUGGAGGCAGAGACUUGGUACCAAACUAAGUAUGAGGAGCUGCGCAUUACUGCAGGAAAACAUGGAGAUGAUUUGCGAAGCACCAAAAAUGAGAUCGCAGAGAACAACAGAGUGAUAAACAGAAUCAAGGGCGAAAUUGAAAACGCAAAAACACAGCGUACUAAGCUAGAAACUGCUAUAAGUGAUGCUGAGCAACGGGGAGAAGCAGCUGUCCGCGACGCCAAAAAUAAACUGACUGGACUGGAGGAUGCUCUACAGAAAGCUAAACAAGACAUGGCCCGUCAACUGAGAGAAUACCAGGAUCUGAUGAAUGUGAAGCUGGCACUAGAUAUUGAGAUCGCCACCUACAGGAAACUAUUAGAAGGAGAAGAAUAUAGGAACAGUGGGAGUGAUGAAGGAUAA